AUGAAUGAAAAACGUAUUUAUCAUAUUCCAUCAUAUAGUUCAUCACAACGAUUUUUUGUUCGUAAAGAAAAUAUAAUUAAUUCAAUACCAUUUUCUUCUACUACAGAAAAAUCAAAUAUAUCAUCGAAUCAAAAUUGUUGUAAACCAGAAGAGAAAAAAAUUUCACUACCAUCGAUUAAAGCCAAACAACAAUCUAACGCGAAAGAUAAUUUUAUUUCAGCGCAAGAUGAAUCUAUUAUUGAAAUACCUAAACAAACCAAAACUGUCGAAAUUGAUUCAAAUGAAAAACUACCAUUAUAUUGUGAAGUUAUCAGUAAUGCAUGGCCAGUAUCCAAUACACGUAUUGAAAAUUUAAAUAUUAGUUUUAAACGAUGUCAAUUUUCAAAUGAAGCAAUAUCGAUAAAACCUAUUACAGCAGUACCUGGUAUAGGCAAAAAAUAUGGUCAACUAUUAGCUGAUCAUGGAUUUAUAUAUGCUAGACAAUUGCUGGGAUAUUAUAUGAUGUUAAAAGAUAACGAAAUGUUUCGUAAAUGGCUUGAAUACAAAUUUCAUAUUCCGAGAUUUCGAGCUGCUGAAAUUACAAGUGCAUUAAAUGAGCUUAUUCGACGAACAUUAUGA